CGACCAAACACCGAGAACGACUUCGUGCACGACAGUGGUCAAUACACUACAAAAGAAUCAUAGAUAUCAGGGUCUCUUUCUCGAGCAACCAUCAUGAGUGACGUAGAGCUCGCAGAGCUGGGGGCGCUCGGAGAGUGGCUCUCGAGCUUUCCCCAGCUCGAAGAAUACGUGUCCGACAAGGAAAACAACUUGUCGCUUCUCGAGGACGACAAGAUUUUCAGGUCCAACCCCGCCAUCAAGAGGUAAGAAUCAUAAAUAGUAGGCACCGUUUCCCGCCUCGCAACGACUUCUUUCUCACUUCUCACCCAAACGUUCAACUCGCAAACCAACUCUCGGUGGCUGUUUCCAGUGCCAUGCUGGAGGCCGUGGUAGAGGUAUGCGACAUCACGGACGUCUCGGUCACGGGCCUGAACGUGGCACCGGAGGUCGAUGUAUGGCUGACGGUUCUAUCGCUGACUCGAAAGACCCCGUCCAACCGGCGAAAGAGCAUCGAUCCGCCCACCCAGCACUGGAAAGACUGCAACAAACACACCGCACUCGGCAACCUGCUCACCAUCGCCGUUUCCCACAAGGACCUGCAACUCAGAAAGGCCUACAUCGAGCGAAUCAUGAUGCUCUCUCCGGCAACCCAGCGGCUGCUCAUGUCCAUGAUCGAAAAACKGAAAAAAAUGGGCAGCAGGAACAAGAAAACCACGACCCCGAGCACCAAAAAGAAUCCCGAGCCACACACGCCGUCCGGGAGGUAUGCUGCGGGUUCGCCUGCCUCUGCCACACCCAGCAAGAGGAGCGAGGCAGAGGCACGGUCGCACGAGCGCAAGAGGCCCGGGAGGAGUGGACUCGGUGGUUCCGGGCACUCGCCGUUCCAAACGGCUGAGAAAGCGGCGACGACGACCAUGGCGGUCCGAAGCAGAACGCGAAGCACGUCGCCCCAGACUUUUUUGCGACGACCCACGGCCAACAAAGAGACCCCGGAUCCGGAAGACACCAACCGCAGGACCUUCCGCAGUGCCUUUGGGAGUCCCCUGCAGCAGCCCUCGGCAAAACGAAUACCGCCCCCAUCGUCGGAACGGAACAGAAACGGGCGUCAUCCUUCCAGGAACAUUUUUUCGCCCGGACUGGGCGACACCGCCGAGUACGAGUCACAGGUCCAGGACCUGAGAGACGAAAACGAGGAACUGUCCUACGAACUGAAGAAAAGCCGCGAAAAAGAAGCUGAGGCUUCGACAAAAAUUGAAGAUCUGGAGGAGCAUUACCGCAAGGAAAUUCUUAGGGUCGAGAGGCAGGCGAGAGAGCGCGACGACGCCACGGCGCAGAAACACCUCGCCCAGAUCACCCAGGUCGAGAAAAAGCUAAAAGAAUUGUCGGAAGAAUACACAACGGCACGCAAGGAGCGAGACGAGCUCGCCAAGAUCAAAGACGAAAUGGAGGUUAUGUCUCGCAACAAAAAGCUACUCGAGGACACGACCGAACGCCUUAGAACCUAUAAGGAAAAGGUCCAACAAUUCACUGACGUCAAAGACGCGUUGCAGCGUGAGGAAGAGGCCCACAGCCGGUCCGUCGAAGAAAAUCUACGCCUGCAAAACGAAUUGAAAAACCUUCAGCCCCUGAAAAAACAACUGGAAGAAUACAAGACUAGGGCGGUGGAUGCGGAGGUGAGGCUUACCGAAUGCCAAGACGAGUUCAACAAGUUGAAGGAAGAGAAGAUCGCAUCGUCCGAAAUCAGCACACACAUCGAACAGUACGUGAUUGCGCAAGAGGUCGAGAUUAAGGAACUGCGCAACAGGGUUCAGCAAAAUGACGAGGCAAACAGAGAAAGCUCCGGCGUAGGGGACGGCAUAAGCGAGUUGAAUCCCGAAUUAAAGCUGGAGAUUCUGUCCCUUCGAAACGAAAACGAGCGGUUGCGGGCCUUUGCCGAUAAGCGCCAGGACGAUGCGGUGGCGAAGAUGGAACAGAACGUGGAAGACCAAAACAUGCUUGCGGAACGCUAUAAAUCUCAGUUCUUGUCAACUAAGGACAGGCUAGAGCUCACGGGGAGCAGCCUGGAGGAGUCGCAGAAACGAGAGGCAGCGCUCCGAAACGAAGUCAGCGACAAAACCGAGCUCGGAGAAAAAUACAAGUCCCAGCUCAUGGCCGCGAAGGAGGAACUGGCAUCAACAGAAAUAUCCCUGAAAGAUUCGAUGAGCAGAGAAGCAAAGCUUCACGAAGAAAUCAGCGAUAAAACAAAGAUUGGAGAACGGUUUAAGUCCCAAUUCCUGGCCACGAAGAGCCAGCUGGAAUCCACUCAGCGUUCCUUGCAGGACUCAAAAGGAAGAGAAUCCUCUCUGAGGCAAGAAGUGGCCGACUCUCUGUUGAAAAUCAAAAAUACACAAGAGGAAGUCAAAGAAGUGUCGGACGAACUCUCCAAGUGCGCCGAAGAUCUCAAAAUGAGCAUCGAGCGCGAGUCUAAAUUGGAAGAGGAGCUCGCGUCGUGGACAAUAGACGCAAAAGAUCUGCAGCAAAAGUCGAACAACCUGUCUCUCGAGUUGACAAAGAAGGCAAACGAGCUAGAAUACAGCCAAAAAAAGGAAAAUACAGUGGCUGCAGAACUCACGGAACUGAAGAGCGAAUUGCGUAUGGUUCGAAAGCGCUGCACUAGCCUUGGAGACGAGCUACAGCAUUGUACUCUUGAGUUGGAGCAGUCUCAAUUCCGCGAGAGCAACGUUGAAGAGCGUGUGAAAGAAUGGAUGGAACGAGCAAAAGAAUCAAAAGAGGAAGCCGAAAAUCUUUCUUCCGAGCUCAUGCAACGCACCGCAGAUCUCAAAGAAUCCAAGGAAAAUACGGCGAGGCUCGAGAAACGUUUGUCAGAAAGCUCAGCAUUGCACAAAGAAGCGGAGAGGGAAAUCGACAAGCUGACCGAGAAACUAGGUGAGACCACCAAAUCUCUGGAAAAAACGUGCAAGUCACUCGACCAGAGCAUGCAACGAUACCUCGAUCUGCAGAACAAUUUGUCAGACAUGACAAACAGGGCAGAAGACGCUGAGGGCAUUUCGGCACAGAGAAUGGAGCUAGUCCAAAAUACCCGAGAGCAGUUGGAGGCUGCCGAGCAAAAGAUUGUCGAUUUGGUCAAGGAAAAAGAAGAUCUCGUCUCCUCUGUAGAAGCAUUGGUUUCACAAACCAAUGAAGCGAAAAAUCUCAGAGAAAACCUGGAGGAUGAAUUGAAGAAAACUCAAGACUCGCUCAGAGAUUCUGGAGAGAAACUCUCGGAAGCCCAAACUUCCAUAGACGAAACGGCACGCUCUUUGGAAGAUACAAAAGAUAAGUUGCACCAAGCCGAAACCGUCAAUAACCAUCGAGAGAGCGAGAUUGAAAUCCUCAAAUCAGAAAACGAGACCCUCAACGACAAGAUAUCACUCGAUAAGCGUGCUAUUGAUGUGCUUCGAAACGACUUGCUCGAAGCAAAAAAUAUGCUUCAGCUUUCACGGGAAGCUGUAGCGGAAAAAGAGGCAAGGGAGAAAUUGUUGAGUGAAAGUCUCCAGAUUGCCGGAGAUUCCGCCAUGCAAUUGGAGAAUGAACUAUUCCAGACGAAAGAAAGUUUGAGGUUUGCACAAGACAACAGGAAGGAAGCCGAAGCGAGGGAAGUUUCCUUGCACGAGCAGCUCAAUGAUUCGGAGACUUCGAUUCAAAACCUCACGGUCAAAUUGCUCAAGACGAACGAAUGCCUGAAAACUUCACUAGAAAAUAUUAAGGAGAUCGAAGACAGAGAAAGCUCGAUGAAAGAACAGCUCAACGAUGCAGAAGAUUCGAUCGCAAGUUUGAAGAAUGAAUUACUCGACAUUCAAGGUUGUCUCGAGUCUACACAACAGAAAGCUAGUAAACUGGAAUCAAGGUUGAAUUUGUCAAACGGAGAACUCCAAGAAGCCAAACAUGUAAUAUCUGAGUUGGAGGAUUCGAUAGCGAAAGAAGUAGGGGCUCAAGAGGAGAUGUUAGCCACCCUCGAAGAUUCAAAAGCCGAAAAAGAAAAAAUGAAAAAAGAAUUCGUUUCUCGCGAGGAAGAAUUGUCACAAGCACUGAACUCCGAAAAAGAAAAAGGGAACAAGCUAAAGCAAGAAAUUAGUCAAGGAAAAGAAGAAUUAAAUGCGUUGCAAAUUUCUUUGAGCUCUUCCCAACAUCGAGAGAAAAUGUUGAAGCACGAACUUGUGAAGCUCGAAGAUAAAAAACUUGGGUGUGAGGAGGAACUAGCCGCCAUGAAGUCGAACAUGGAGGAAAUCGUCGAACAAUCUGCAAAAUCAGUGGCGUCGGUACGCGAAAUAAUGAAAGCCAAGGCUGAAAAGGAGCUAGAGGAACUUCGGCAGAGUAUGAAUGAUCUCCUAGAAAAUGAGGGCAAAGCAAAGCUUGAACAGGAUAUAUUGUACAAAGAACAGAUCAACAAGCUCAAUCAGCAAUACAACCAAGAGCUUUUGAGGUUGAAAGAAGGAGGCAACAGCGAGCUUCAAAAAUGCACCGAAGAAAAGGACAAAGAAAUCGAGGCAAAAGAUAAAGAAAUCGAAGGAUUGAAAAGAGAACACGAAGAGAAGAUCAAGGAACUAGAGAGGACAGGAAAGGAAGAAAAAGAAAAACUAAUGGAAAGAGGAAAAGGCAUGAUGAGAGACCUGAAAGAAGAGAAAGAGAAGGAAAUCAAGGACCUCACAGACGACGUCAACUUCCUAGAGCAAAAGAUUAUAGGAGAAGAAGAAGAGAAGAUGCAUCUAGGUCAGCAAUUUCAAGCUAAAAUCAUUGAAUACAAAAAGAAGUUGCAGGUUGCGGCAGGAAGAAUCAACACACUUUCUACCAAUAACGAUGAAUUUGAAGAUAGAGUGAAAUUAUUAGAGAGGGAAAAAUUCAAGCUUAGAGAAGAGAACGAUAGAUAUCGCCGUCAACUCGGGGGUCGGACAGGAUCUGAUUCUGCUCUGCAUAGUCAGCUAGAAACGCUUCAAAAUGAGUUCCAAAAUGCAAUCGACGAGAAUCGACAACUGAAACGAAAGCUACAAGGCCACAACAUACACUCUUUGCAUUCAAUUGGAGAAGACAGCCGUUCGACGCCUUACACAAGAAAUCGAGGCAACCAAUCAACUUUACUUCAGCUUCGAGUAGAAUACGAAGAAACAAUAGAAUCUUUGAACGACGAAAAGCGCGAACUUAUAAUGAAAAAUUCAGCAGCAAUAACUGACGUACAAAAAGCCGAGAAGCGGGCGUGGUUGGUUGAGCAGGACAAUGCGAUACUGAAACAAGAUCUAACCUCACUGCAACUUUCAAAUGAACGGUUAGAGAAAGCUUUGGAAGAUAUUUAUCGAGAGAAUAGCGUUCCGGGUCAUGCCUUGCUCAGUCAAAAUAAUACGACAGAGUCCGAGGACUCAUCUAUCAUUCCCAGCCCUCCAAGUGAAGAAAGAAAGUCUCAAUUUGACGACGCGACAAUGACCUCUGACCGAGUAAAAAUACGAUCAACAGAAAACUCUGUUCUCCAGACUAAGUCAGCAUAUACAAAUGGAUCAGGUGAGCUCAUGAAUUACGACUUGACGUCAACAGAUUAUGAUACGAAGCGCUCUAUACAAUCUACGUCGUAUGAUUCUCCCUACAGAACUUGGUCUCCCAGAUAAGGUCCAAGUCGUAAAUGGGAUUUCGAAUAUGAAUAUAACUAUAACCUUAAU